GAGUUCGGCUGUUUCCGUGAGUGGCCGCUGCGCACUCGGCACUGGGCGGCGCUGGCUGGCUCCCUGGCUGCGGCUCCUCAGUCGGCGGCGGCUGCUGCUGCCUGUGGCCCGGGCGGCUGGGAGAAGCGGAGUGUUGGUGAGUGACGCGGCGGAGGUGUAGUUUGACGCGGUGUGUUACGUGGGGGAGAGAAUAAAACUCCAGCGAGAUCCGGGCCGCGAACGAAAGCAGUGACGGAGGAGCUUGUACCACCGGUAACUAAAUGACCAUGGACUCUGGAGCAGACAACCAGCAGAGUGGGGAUGCUGCUGUAACUGAAGCUGAGAAUCAACAAAUGACAGUUCAAGCCCAGCCACAGAUUGCCACGUUAGCCCAGGUAUCCAUGCCAGCAGCUCAUGCAACGUCAUCUGCUCCCACUGUAACCUUAGUGCAGCUGCCCAAUGGGCAGACAGUCCAGGUCCAUGGGGUUAUCCAGGCGGCCCAGCCAUCAGUCAUUCAGUCUCCACAAGUCCAAACAGUUCAGAUUUCAACUAUUGCAGAAAGUGAAGAUUCACAGGAGUCUGUGGAUAGUGUAACCGAUUCCCAAAAACGAAGAGAAAUCCUUUCAAGGAGGCCUUCCUACAGGAAAAUUUUGAAUGACUUAUCUUCUGAUGCACCAGGGGUGCCAAGGAUUGAAGAAGAAAAGUCAGAAGAGGAGACUUCAGCCCCUGCAAUCACCACUGUUACAGUGCCAACCCCGAUUUAUCAAACUAGCAGUGGGCAGUAUAUUGCCAUUACCCAGGGAGGAGCAAUACAGCUGGCUAACAAUGGUACCGAUGGGGUACAGGGCCUGCAGACAUUAACCAUGACCAAUGCAGCUGCCACUCAGCCGGGUACUACCAUUCUACAGUAUGCACAGACCACUGAUGGACAGCAGAUUCUAGUGCCCAGCAACCAAGUUGUUGUUCAAGCUGCCUCCGGCGAUGUACAAACAUACCAGAUUCGCACAGCACCCACUAGCACCAUCGCCCCUGGAGUUGUUAUGGCAUCCUCCCCAGCACUUCCUACACAGCCUGCCGAAGAAGCAGCGCGAAAGAGAGAGGUUCGUCUAAUGAAGAACAGGGAAGCAGCACGAGAAUGUCGUAGAAAGAAGAAAGAAUAUGUCAAAUGUUUAGAGAACAGAGUGGCAGUGCUUGAGAACCAAAACAAAACAUUGAUUGAGGAGCUAAAAGCACUUAAGGACCUUUACUGCCACAAAUCAGAUUAAUUUGGGAUUUAAAAUUUCACCUGUUAUGGUGGAGAAUGGACUGGAUUGGCCACAACCAGAAAGACAAAUAAACAUUUAUUUUCUAAACAUUUCUUUUUUUCUAUGCGCAAAACUGCCUGAAAGCAACUACAGAAUCUCAUUCAUUUCUGCUUUUGCAUUAAACUGUGAAUGUUCCAACAACUACUUCCACUUCUGCCCUCAAGAAAUGUGCAGCGCCAGGAAUCAUGAAGAGACUUCUGCCCUCCGUCUCCACCACCCUCAAGAAGUAAUCAUUUGCUUAUUUGUAAAUUGUUGGGGGAAACGAGGAAAAUGAAAUCUUGGCUUUCUUAUUUUUGUUUUCGGUUUGUUUUGUUGUUUUCUUUCUUUUUAAUGACUUCAAGGUUUGGGCUGAGCUCCAUGAUUGCCUUAGGGACAGUUACCCAGCCUCCUGAGCUGACGUAAUGUGUGGGACACAUAAGGAAAGUAAGUAAGGUGCAAUGAAGAAAUGUUGAUUGCCAAAUUGAUGUUUUUACACUUUCAUUGUGAAUUAUGUAAAACUAUUAAAGACACCCUUUAAAUAAGGAUCUUAGUGUGAUGUUGAGGAGUAAACUUUCUAUGUAUGUUCUUUUCUUCAGUGCUGACAACAGGUUGUCCUUGGUUCUGAGAAGCAUUUGGUAUUAGCUACAGCUCUUCUAUAGGGCAGUUGUUGCUUCUUAAUUCAUUUCUAUGUGUUCAGCAAUAUGAAUACAUUAAAAGAAGUAACCAACUGAAUGGAAAGCAUAGUAUUGAAUUUUGAGCUAAGUUAAAAUCAUAGUAUAUAUGAAGCUUAUUUUGGUUAGUACUAAAUCUUAACGAACAGGUGCUGGCCCAGAAGCCAACUCCUUGAGUUAUAUAAUAAGGUUUUUAAUAAAUAAAAACUUUUAUCCUUGCUUUCAAAAUCCUUAUACUGUCACUCAUUCACCUGAAAAGCUAUUUCUAACUCACUGUUGCAUUUAUGCUGUGCAACCAACAGGAAUGUUUUCAAGAUGUCCAAGCAAAGUGAUUGCCCUUAGAAAGUACUAAAUUGACAAACUUUUCUAUAUUCACAUAUUUUUAUCAGAAAAUCUCUUGGAAUUUUUUUAAGUCAAAGAAGUUACAAGGAUGUACUUCUAAAACAUAUAAAAUGCACACAAGAAAAGUAAUUUUCUUCAGGCAUUGGAGUGUGUGCUAUGGUAUAAUAUUUUGCAAAACACUUUUUUUCUCCCAAAAAAGGUGGUACUACUUGAACUGUCCUCCAGCUGUUCUGUUUCUAAAGAUGCUCCCUACGUAAGUCUUCUCUCGUAGUCUGCAUUUACGUGUAACGGCGUUUCUGACAAUACUUAGUAAUUUUUUUUUCCAGUAAACAUGAUAAAAUCUAAGAGUUAGCUCUUUAAAAGACAAAUAGGAGGACAGUGGAGGCUGGCAUGUUAGAUUACUUCAUGUUUGAGGAAGAACUCAGGCUCAGAAGGGUGUUUUAUAUUUGCUUUAAGAUAUUAGGAAAGUUACUAUCAGUAUAUGUAUGAGCGUAAGAUGUUUGGCCCAUUUUUAAAAUUAGACUUUAGGUUGCUGUCUGUAACUGUUAUAUGUUGUUUGUAACAAACCAUUGUCUUUUUUCAAGGAUGAACAGUUUGUGAAGGAACAUCAUUCUAAGAGUUGAGUGAUGUAAUAAUCCUUAUGUCUGGACAGUUCACCAGAUUCUCCAGAAGGCUUUCAAACGACUAAAGUUUGAUGUUUGUCCUGCUGAGCUUACUGGGAAAGAGAUAGCAUAAAAACUGUCUGUACCAGCAUGUAGAUGUAUCAUUUGUUAAACUUGGUGAAACAAAUGAAGCAGAAUCAUAAAUCUGUCAACAAACUGGAAUUACUUCAUAUUAAGUCAGAAUGUCAGAUUGAGCAUUUUAAAUGUCACAAGUGGAAAAUUUGCCUAGUGUGUAUAAGUUGUACUUUGUAAGUGUCUGUCUUCAAAAGUUGAGACUUUCUACAUAAUGAGGAAAUUGGUGGUCUCCUUAACCCUUUAGAGACUAAGGCAGUUUACUUACUACUUGGAUGGAUAUUAAUUAAAGAGGCCUGGGCCUUUAUGCUUGGAGAAUGACUGUAUUGGUAGUUUGAUACCAGUUACUUAAUAAUGUGAGAAAUAUAUGGUGGUAUGAAAUCUGACUUUGAAAUUUCAGUUCAUACAGAAAGAAAUCAAGCCUCUUUAAUGCAAGCUGGAUUUUUUUUUUAAAUAUGAGAAUUAGAAAAAAAAAAAACAAACUUGUUUUUGAGCUACGUGGAGAAUCUUUCUUAAGAAAAUGACAUAAUUUUUUUAAAAACUCUUAUAUCCAAGAUUGUAUGUGGCCACAUUACUGGUAAUGUUUUUCUCUUCAUAUUGGCCAAAAGGAAAUGAAAAUGUCAUAGGAAUUUGUACAUAUGCUACUGAUUUGCCUAGAAAAUAGCAAGUUUGGUAUUGCUCACUUUGCAUAUAUAGUGGCACUUUUAUCUAUAGGACAGAUUAACUCUAAUAAAAAUGAAAUGGGGAGGGGUUUAUUUUUGAUAUAUUACUCUUCUGAGUUUUCAAGCUUUGAUAGUGUUUAACUGAAAAAUGGUUUAGAAAGGGCUAGAUCCAAUAUGUUCAUAUUUAAAAAAUUGAUAUGAGAUACAAUUUCAGUUCUUUAUCAAAAGCAAGUACCAUAUUAGCAACCAUCAUAUUGUCCUAGGUGCUGUGCUUGUUAGAUGUUAUAGAGUGGGUGGGGAAGUGGCAUUUUGUAAUAUAUGUGUACAUAUAUACAUACAUACAGUAUAUCAUCUAAAUGCUCUGAGAGCUGUUAUGUCAGGAAUGCUGAGUGUUAGUUACAGUGUAUUGAGGUCAGAUGAGAUCCCACUCUCCUGUGCAUUCUCCGCAUCUCUUCUGGUGUUUCAGUGACUGUAUUACUCCAGCACUCACAACUGGGUUUUCUCUUUUCUUCCAGUUUUUUAUUAGGUUUUUUUGGUGGUUGUUGUUUGGCUUGAUGCUUUUGAGUAUGUUACCAGUCACUUGAAAACUCCUAAACCCCAAAGCUUAUUUUUUCUCCCUGCUUUGUUUCUGGCAGCUAUAAAAUUGGUUAAAAAAAAAAUUUGAAAACAGCUUUUGAGACUUGUUUCAAGAAUCAUUUUGGACAAAGACUUCUGGUGUUUAAUUUGAACAGAGAUUUUUGUCAAGAUGUGUUAUGAUGGUAGGUCAGCAAGCAGUGCUAGUGUCUAAAGCACAAAACCAGUCAAGCAGGCUGUCCAGUCAGAAGGCCUCUUGGCUCAAGUUGGUCUGUUUCUCAGGACUCCUCCUACUGUUUCCAACCAUUUAGAGUGACAUGGAAUCAUACAGAUAUUGGGGCUUAGAAACAAACAUUUAUAUAACCCAGAAUGCUUUUACUUACUUGAAGUGACUUCAAUCUAAAUGUUGACUUUCCUGUUUAGAAGGCUUUAAUUCUCUGUCAACUCCAGUCAGCUAGUAACACAAAUUGGUUUCUCUACCAGUAGCUGCUUCAUUUUCAGUUCCUUCCAGAGGCUUUUGUUUUGCCUUUGUAACACUGAAAACUAUUGGCAUAUCAUUCCUCGGGGCCCAAUACAAAGGUUGUAUAUUUACUUGGGGUUGUAUUUACAUGAAUUCUUUGUAAAUGUUCGGUGUAACUUGCACUUUUUUUAAUGACCCAGUUUGGGUAUCAGCAACUUGGGAAAUUCCUCAUCAGUGAGUUCUCAGCUGACCCUUUGUCUUCCUCCUCUUCAAAUCAUGACUCCUUCGUGGAAGCUUUUCACUGAUACAGUAUCAUAGCUAGCCUUAAGCAUGUUAUAAAAGCUAAAUACCUGGGAAUUAGAUUUGACUAAUACUGAAGGAAAAAUAAGUACUUAGAAUUUUAAAUUUCAUCCUCACUUCAACAUUAGUUCUAUGUAGAGUAUGCCAAAAAAAUUUCAGAAGAUUAUAAACCUUGUUAAAGCAAUUAAUUUAUUGUCAUCAUGGGAAACCAUGUAAUCGCUGUUACUAAAUCAUUUUAAUUUGGCUUUGUUAACUUCCGAGAAAUGCUGCCUAAACUUGACUGGUUUCCGACUGAGGGGAGUAAAGUAUGCUUUGUUAGCCCUGUAGGUGAAUCAUUCUAGAAUAAACUUGUUCACUGAGAUGUACAAAGCACAACUAGAGUUUGGGGUGGCUUGUGUGUGUCUUGAUUACUUUCAAUGUUAAUAAUGUUGACUUUUUAAGUUAACAGUCACUGUUAUGUACUAGGAACUGGUUUCCUUGACUUUCUAGAAUCAAUGGCCAAGAGAGGCAUAUGAUCCUUGAGGGGUUGAAGGUAUCAUGAAGUUGAGUCAGUAUGGAAGAAUUUCAAACAAAUCAAACAGGGUGCUGAAGUUCCGGCUGCCUCGCUCAUGGUGCUUACUGAUUAGUGAAUGUACUUUUAAGUCUUUGUAUAUGUCCUCAGGGGCAGACAAACUUUAACAAGGACCAGAUAACAUUUGAAUGGAGGAAUUAUAUUUCAGGUGUUUUAGCUUGAAAUUUAUUUUUUAAAAAAAGAAAAAUUAAAAAAAAAAAAAAAAAAGAGCCAAGUUUGGGGAGCGAGUUGGCAGUAUGAGAGCAGGCAGAGCUGAUGAUACGCGGGCCUGUCCACUGCUGCGGUGGGGCGAGUCCCAGCUGGGUAAACGUUAGAUUGUUACCAGCAAGUAAAGGAAGAUGAGUAAUCCAGGAAGAAUCUGAGAAGGGUCAAACAGUAGGAGACUCCUACUUCCCAGGCAUGAUUUACUACUUGCCCAUAGAAGUACAGCAUUUCUAAACUUCUGUUUAAGGGACAUCUCAAGAGAUAAGAGUAAGUCUGAGAUGUUGAAAAAAAUCAGUAAGGAAGAAAGAUCACUGCAGAUCAUAAUCUAUGUUGGCCACAUGAAAUGAUUUAUUAUAUUUGGGAAGUUUUAUUUUCUUAUGUUUUUUAAAAUUGAACUGGUAAGUGCUUUAUAGACGUAUUUUUACCCAGGUGCCACUUCAAUGUGUAUGUAAUAAAAUUAUUUAUAUUAAAAGUGGGAAAUUUUGUCAACAUUUUUCUGUGUGUGUAGAUUUAUUAGGAUGGUGAAGAAGUGUUCUAGUUAGCAGUUUUCUGUGUAAAGCUGUCUUCAACUGAUCUGUACACAUCGGUUAUAAUGCCCCAGUGGAAAGGAUCAUUUCCAACUUAGACAUGUCACUUGAAACUCUUGAAAAACAAAAUAACCAGGGAAGUCCCAGAUGGUAUUUGGCUUUUUGGUUUUUCCUUGAGUACUGGAGUAGAGAAUUCCUCCCCAGAACUGUCAGCACAAAACAGGGUGUCAGCUUUAAUGCGGAUGCUCCUAUUGGAGUAGAGUACUAAUAACUAUGAGAAGGGAAAUACAUUUCUAGUAACUUUCCCCACAAUCUAGAAACGUCCCUGUUUAAAUUUUUUACCUAAAUCUUUUUGUGUUUUAUGUGUAAAGAAUAAAAGUACCAAGACACCAUGCAUUUUAUUAACACUAUGUACAUACUGGCUGCUUUGUGUUCAGAAUGGUAGCAGUUACUUUGUAUAUUAAAGUGAUCCUUGUGAAUUUGUGAAAUAUUGUCAUAAAGUGCUUUUCUUACUGUAAUCUUUGUGGUAUCAACUGUCAUGACGCCCUUUUUACACAGACAUUCGUGUGCAGUCACAUAAACAUGCUUUUAAAAACUC